AUGAGGCGUGCGGGCUCAACGAGGGCGGCCUCGCCCACGAACACAACGUACUCGGGCAUCUCCAACUACCGCACCGACUCCUACCGCCCCCUCCCCAACAACGCCGCCGCCCAGUUUGCUGCGCCUGAUCCGCGCACCGUUGCACGAGUCCACUUUGACGAGCUCAGCUCGUAUCUAGCGUCCUAUCUUGCAAAAGCACGGCAGAAGCUCACACGCCUUACCCGUCAACAGUUUCAGGAGCUCUCGACAGAUGUUUACGAUGAGUUGAUGCGCCGCAAGAACAACACGAGCGACAAUGAAGUCCCCUUCCUUCCCGUCCGCGAUGACUUCCAUCCAAAGCGCAAUCAAGCGCGCCAGAAGCUCGCUACCUUGCCCACCGGCCGGUUCAAGGACCUGUCUAGCGACGUCUAUUACGAGCUUGCACGCCGAUAUCCCGAGUUCAAGGAGGAGCCCCCGGAUGCGGCACCUGCAACGUCGCCUGGGUCCACUUACGAUGACUACCCGUCGCCAGACUUCCCGCGCAACGGCCGCGCAUCGGAAGACCGCGGUAACGACAGCGGAUAUGGAGGAAGCACGCCCGGAGCUGGACGACGGCCGAGCGAAGACGCCGGGCGUCGGAGCGCCGACGCGUACGGCGGGACCGACAUCGGCUAUUCACGACGCAAGCCCUCGCAAGAUCUAUACGGGAACGACAGGCGAAAGCCAUCGCAGGACACUACGGUGCUCGGGCGGCGGCCGAGUGAGUCCGUGAGCAUCAACAGCGAGUCGACGAGCGCGUCGAACGCGCAGAGCGCGACGGCCGGCAUGGGCAUGAUCAUCCCGAACAAGAGCACGAUCGCGGAGGAGGACAUCGAGGUGCCGUACGGGCGCGACCAACGCGACAGCUCGAGCACCGCGAUGGAGCGCGACCGCAGCGUCGAGCGCAGGCGCGGCGCGAGCGACUCGGAGCGCGAGGGCGGCGAGCAGAGUCCGCGGAGUCCGCCCGUCGGCGGACUUGGCGGCCUGAGCGGGCUCAGCGCGCGGCUGCAGGCGGCGGAUGGGGACGAUGACGACGGCGGUGCCUCGGGCGGCGGUGGGCGCAGCGGAGACGACUUUUACGACAGGAUGUCCUACGGGCGGCAGUCGGCGGCAUCGGACCGGUCGGCGGGCGCGGGGAUCGGGGCGCGCAUGAUGAACGGGGGCGGGCGGACGAGCGUGGCGGGCGAGGAGCAGGAGCGGAUGCGGCGGGACUAUGAGUUCAAGAUCGCGACGAUGCAGGCGCGGAUCACGGGCCUCGAGCGGGAUCUCGAGGACGUGCAGGACCGCGAGCAGAAGUGGGUCGAUGGCGAGCAGCGCGUGCGGACGAUGGAGCAGGAGCUGAACGAGCUCCGGAGGCGCGCGGAGGAGAAGAGCAACGCAAUGCUGUCGUUGCAGCAGGAGCUGGAGACCCUCCGCGAGGAGCGGGCGCGCGAGAGGGAUAUGGCGGCGCGGCGGCAACGGCAGGACGAGGAAGAGAUCCAGUCUUUGCGCGAGCAGCUCGACGCUGGUGGGGGAGGCGGCUCGGUUGAGUCCCAGAUGCUCGAUCAGCUCCGUGCGGAAAUGGACGGGCUUGUAUCAGAGCUGACAGACUUGUCGCAGCGGAACGACGACCUCGCGGCGGCGAAGGAUAACGACCUAGCCAUCAUCCGCGAUCUCGAGACGCAGAUGAAGGACUACAAGCGCAAGUACGAACAAGCAAAGACGGAACUCCGGAGUGUGAAGGCGACAUCACAACUGUUCCUACAACCGCCAAAGGUCGACGAUCAGCUGCCCGUCGCCCGGGACGGCGCGCUCGUCGACAUCCACGUCACCGCCUUCGUCUCAUCCAUCGACAGUCUCCUCACGGCGGGCCGGUCCAAUGCGCCUACGCGUGUACUGCAGCCGAUGAAGAACGUCGUCAACGCCGUCUCCGCAAUUAGCGACGAUGUCCGCGCAUUCGAGCGACGACCGCAGCGCGACCGCGCCGAGGUCGACCUCGAAGCACUCCAGUCCCUCCGCGAACGGCUCGACGCAACGCUCAGCAACCUCGUCGCAGCGGCGAAGACACACGCGACGAGUGCGGGCAUGGCGCCCGUUUCUCUGCUCGACGCCGCCGCGAGCCACGUCUCCGCCACGGUGACCGAGAUCGGGAAGACGGUGCACAUCCGGCGGGCGACCAAGGCGGAGCAGGAGCAGUUCGCGCCCGCCGCUGCCGCUAGUUCGGCUACCAACGGGUACGCCCCGGCGCUGCGCGCGGUGGAGGAGCUGCGGUCGCCGCACCAGCGCGCGGGCAGCAGCACGAGCUCGCGCAAUGGGGACGACCGCUAUUCGCCGGUGUCACCGCCGCGCGGCGCGGCGGGCAGGCCGUCGCUUGAGGGGCGUAGGCCGCCGUCGAAUAUGUCAAGCUCGGCUGCGAGCUCGCCGCCGCCGAUCUUUGACCAGCCGAAGGGUAUGAUGAACGGGAGCAAGAGCGACAGCUCGGCGACGGGCGAGGGGCCCGACGAGGCGUGGGCGGAGCUCAAGCCGUACCUCGAGGCGCAGACAGAAGCCAUCGUAUACGCGAUCCAAAGUGUGCUGUCAGGCGUGCGGAGCCCGACGCCGUCGCCGACGCUGAACGAGAACCUGACGCAGAUCAUCACGAUCGUGUCGAGCAUCGUCGCGGUGUGCAAGGACAACUUCCCGCCGGGCGCACAGGCGCAGGGCGAGGAGAUCCUGCGCGAGCUCGGCGAGCACGCGAACAAGCUCAGCGAGGUGCAGGCGCAGACGGAGGUCUCGAAGGAGGCGCGCCAGGUGAUGGCGAAGUCGAGCUUCGCGGUCGCGAACGCGAUGAAGGGCCUCAUGAAGCUGUAA